AUGGCUGAAAGAAGAAAGACUGUUAGAAAGAAGAAGGACCCAGAUGCUCCAAAGAGAUCUUUAUCCGCUUACAUGUUCUUUGCAAACGAAAACAGAGACAUUGUCAGAGCUGAAAACCCAGGUAUCUCAUUUGGUCAAGUUGGUAAGUUAUUAGGUGAAAAGUGGAAGGCUUUAACCGGUGACGAAAAGGUUCCUUACGAGACCAAGGCUGAAACCGACAAGAAGAGAUACGAGAAGGAAAAGGCUGAAUACGCUAAGAAGAACGGUGCUUAA